GGGGGACUGGCACCCUUCACGGUAUAUUAUGACAUGAGUGACAAGAAUGGAGUUGGCGUGACUGUUAUUAGUCACGACAGUGAAAGUAGAACACAUGUGAAAGGAUGCGAGUCUCAAGGCUGUUAUUCACGAGACAUUCAUUACACCGGAGCGAGUUUGUCUCAGCUGGCGAGUCUCACUAGUAUCUCCUCACAGUGGGAACAGUUUAUCAAGUAUGAGUGUCAUGGGUCAGUGCUGAUAGGAGGGAUGGGAGGUGGGUACGCAUGGUGGGUGUCACGCGACUCCGCUAAAAUGACGACCUGGGGUGGAGCAUCACCUGGAAGUGGUAAGUGCGCAUGCGGGAUGACCAACUCCUGUGCAGACCCCAGUUAUCAAUGUAACUGUGAUAUGAAUGACCUAGGAUGGCGUGAAGACAGCGGUCUGCUCACUGAAAAGACACAUCUACCAGUUAAACAACUCAGGUUUGGUGACACAGGUGAUAAACCAGAAGAAGGAUAUCACACUCUGGGAAAACUUAAAUGCUAUGGAAUAGCAUGAGCAGUUAACAUGAAAGCAGUUAAGAGGAAAAAACAAAGCCAACUUUUAAUUUAGUUGAAAGUUUGGCUUUAGACUGUACGUGAAACAGUAUUAAAAGAAAGUAUUGAUUUCAGAUAUCUUUCUUUCUGGCACCAAAGUACAUUUUCUUGAGUUGAAAGCGCAACUGAUCU